GAGCUGCUGCGGCUCGCAACAGAUCGCGGGCUCCGGGCGCCGCGUCUCCAGCCAAAGGGAACCGCCAGGGAGGGCAGGAGAGCGAGCCCGGGCCGGGCCCCAGCCGCCUCCGCCCCAGCUCCCCUCGGCUCGGCUCCCGCUCCAUGGCUCCGCGGCCGCCGCCGCCCAUGCCGCCCUCCAGUUCGGAGGGGCCUCGCGGCAGCGGAUACAAACACUCGGUCAAGGACUAAGCGGCACCGCUGCCUCCUCGCUUACUACUCUCCACCUCCUAAGAAAGCCGAGAGGCGGGAGACAGGAGGGAGAAAGGAAGAGCGAGCAGAAGCGAGCGGGAAGUUGGGCUCUGGGCACCGCGGGACAGUACAGCCCGGAGGAGGCUGCGCCCGGGGCGGCGGGCAGAGCGCGCAGCGGCGCCCCUGGGUUGCGCCGAGCUCCGAGGCCCGGCGGCUGCGGAGAGGCUACUCGGUGGCCCAGGCCUGCCCCGCGCACCUGCCCCGGGCGGUGCCCCAGACUCACCUGGCCCCCGGAGUCCCCUUCCCCAUCCCCGCCGCUGCAGCCGGAGCGAGGCUCCGAGGGCCUGGAGCACGGCCGGGUCUAAUAUGCCCAGAGCCGAGGCGCGAUGAAGGAGAAGUCCAAGAAUGCGGCGAAGACCAGGAGGGAGAAGGAAAAUGGCGAGUUUUAUGAGCUGGCCAAGCUGCUCCCGCUGCCGUCGGCCAUCACCUCGCAGCUGGACAAGGCGUCUAUCAUCCGACUCACCACCAGCUACUUGAAGAUGCGGGCCGUCUUCCCCGAAGGUUUAGGAGACGCGUGGGGACAGCCGAGCCGCCCUGGGCCCCUGGACAGCGUCGCCAAGGAGCUGGGAUCGCACUUGCUUCAGACUUUGGAUGGAUUUGUUUUCGUGGUAGCCUCUGACGGCAAAAUCAUGUAUAUAUCGGAAACAGCUUCCGUACAUUUGGGCUUGUCGCAGGUGGAGCUCACGGGCAACAGUAUUUAUGAGUACAUCCAUCCUUCCGACCACGACGAGAUGACAGCUGUCCUUGCGGCCCACCAGCCACUUCACCAUCACCUGCUCCAAGAGUACGAGAUAGAGCGGUCGUUCUUUCUGCGGAUGAAGUGUGUCUUGGCGAAAAGAAAUGCGGGCCUGACGUGCAGUGGGUACAAGGUCAUCCACUGCAGCGGCUACUUGAAGAUCAGGCAGUAUAUGCUGGACAUGUCUCUGUACGACUCGUGCUACCAGAUCGUGGGGCUGGUGGCCGUGGGCCAGUCGCUGCCACCCAGCGCCAUCACAGAGAUCAAGCUGCACAGUAACAUGUUCAUGUUCAGGGCCAGCCUCGACCUGAAGCUGAUCUUCCUGGAUUCCAGGGUGACCGAGCUGACCGGGUAUGAGCCGCAGGACCUGAUCGAGAAGACCCUUUACCAUCACGUGCACGGCUGUGACGUCUUCCACCUCCGCUAUGCGCACCACCUCCUGCUGGUGAAGGGCCAGGUGACCACCAAGUACUACCGGCUGCUGUCCAAGCUGGGCGGCUGGGUGUGGGUGCAGAGCUAUGCCACCGUCGUGCACAACAGCCGCUCAUCCCGGCCGCACUGCAUCGUGAGUGUCAAUUAUGUCCUCACGGAUAUCGAAUACAAGGAACUGCAGUUGUCGCUGGACCAGGUGUCUACGUCCAAGUGCCAGGACUCCUGGAGGACUGCCUUGUCUACCUCACAAGAAACUAGGAAAUUAGCUAAACCCAAAAAUACGAAGCUGAAGACAAAGCUGAGAACAAACCCUUACCCCCCACAGCAAUACAGCUCGUUCCAAAUGGACAAACUGGAAUGCAGCCAGCUGGGAAACUGGAGAGCUAGCCCCCCGGCAAAUGCCCCGGCACCCCCAGAACAGCAGCUCCAUUCAGAAAGCAGCGACCUUUUGUACGCCCCGUCCUACAGCCUGCCCUUCUCCUACCAUUAUGGACACUUCCCUCUGGACUCUCACGUCUUCAGCAGCAAAAAGCCAAUGUUGCCGGCCAAAUUCGGGCAGCCCCAAGGAUCCCCGUGUGAGGUGGCACGCUUUUUCCUGAGCGCCCUGCCAGCCAGUGGUGAAUGCCAGUGGCAUUACGCCAACCCCCUAGUGCCUAGCAGCCCGUCUCCAGCUAAAAACCUUUCUGAGCCACCGGUGAACGCUGCUCGGCACAGCCUCGUGCCAAACUACGAAGGUGGGUCGUGUUUGCACGAGGGGAGGGGGCGGGACUGUGGACAGCGGCGGCGGUGGUGGGUGGCAAAUGGAAAAAGGAUCCUCACACUGUGGGCCAACUUUUCCUUCUUCUGCCUGUAAGUAGGAAUUGCUCCGCUUUCCUGCUCUUGAUGGGAAUAGCUUCACGAGAGGGAGACGAGCAGGGUGACCGAGUCCGCGUGCCUCUCGUGGCAUCAGUGACAGUGUUGAGGGCAGAGGAACCCGGGUGUUUAGCCACCCUCCCUGAAAACCCUGGCCUCAUUUGCUCCCCAAGAGGGAGACAAAGUGAUUUUCAAACCCAGCUCCCGGGUACUGAGAAUGCUCCAGCCGCAUUUAUUUUACAAGAUUACUUUUCCACUCCACCCAAAAAUGAAUACGGGACGCUGUUGGUUUUCUUCCCACGCCAGUUUUCAAAGUGCAGAAAACAGUGGUGGAAAUUCAUGAGCUCAAAGACAGAAAUGUCACUCACCGACCCAGGGCAAAUAACAUAAACACUCCACGACUCAGUUUAUUCAUCUGUAAAAUGCCACCAUAACCCAUGUGAUACACCUACUACCGCAGGGCUUGGCACACAGUAGGCACCUGCCCAGCACCGCUGGUUCAACAGCAGAGGCAGGAGUGGCCCCUCCCCCAGCUCUUCCUGGUAGCAGACAAGCAGAUGUCCUCCGGGGAUGGGCCACCAGCUUCCCCAGCC